GUGUGUGUGUGUGUGUGUGUGUGUGUGUGUGCCACAUCUUCCACUAAAUGAUAAAGCCACUUCAAACUGCUGAGACCGAGCUUAAACAGAGACGUCCAAGUCCAUGCAGAUCAAACACGGCGUUUCUUUAUUACUUUCACCUGAGGCCGCUCAGACUCAGAGGAGCAUCGUGUAUUUUUUUUUUUGGCUUUUUGCUUUUUCUUUAAACCGCUAUAAGUUGACGCGUAUAAGUUAGGCUGCCUGGAACGGAAUAAAGUGGGGAAAGUGGAGCUGAAUAAAGUGGACUGUUUUCUAACCAGGAGCCAAACCUGUACAGAGGAGCAGAGGAAGCGGAGCAGCCUUCGACGUGGGGAGCAGUAGUGCGGCUCGAGUAAGAGAUACCGACAAGAGAAGGUAGAAACGCCAGCUUAGCCGUCCGCCUCGGAGCGCUGCGUCAUGGGGAAGCAGAACAGUAAACUGCGACCCGAGGUCCUGAACGACCUGAGGGAGAACACGGAGUUCACCGACCAUGAGCUUCAGGAGUGGUACCGAGGCUUCCUGAAGGACUGUCCCACCGGCCACCUGACCGUGGAGGAGUUCAAGAAGAUCUACGCCAACUUCUUCCCGUACGGCGACGCCUCAAAGUUCGCGGAGCACGUGUUCCGCACGUUUGACACAAACGGCGACGCCACCAUUGACUUCCGGGAGUUCAUCAUAGCUUUGAGUGUGACGUCGCGUGGCGGGCUGGAGCAGAAGCUGCGCUGGGCCUUCAGCAUGUAUGAUCUGGACGGGAAUGGUUACAUCAGUCGGGCGGAAAUGCUAGAGAUAGUUCAGGCCAUUUACAAGAUGGUGUCAUCAGUAAUGAAGAUGCCAGAGGAUGAGUCGACGCCAGAGAAAAGAACGGAUAAGAUCUUCAGACAGAUGGACAUUGACAAUGAUGGUAGAUUGUCUUUGGAGGAGUUCAUUAAAGGUGCCAAGAGCGACCCGUCCAUCGUCAGACUGCUGCAGUCGGAUCAGGGAACCUCCCGCCAGUUCUGAGGACACAGAGAAACCGACUCUGCUGCAUGAGGAAACCUACCGCAUAAAUCCAGCUUUAUAACGUUUCUUACCUCCCGCUUUCAGCUAACACUCUCGUUUACAUUGAUGUCUUCUCUCUGGAGCCGUUUUAAUUGAAAGUAUUAUUUUUGUGCUUUUCCUAAAACUCUUUCCCGUUUAGCCGUUUUGGUUAAUUUAAGUGCCAUACAAGUUUGUAUUGACUGGAUUCAAAGCUUAAAGUGUUAUGGCUACCAUUAUGUUACAAAAGGAAACUAAUUAAAUGACUUGGAAUUUGA